AUGUCUACCAGCAAGCCGAGCACCUCUCUCGCUUCAAAGAUUGAUCUUCUAGGUCUUUCUCCAGCAGAUAUUGUCGCUAGAUAUGAUCUCGCUCUGAAUGCCACAAGUACAGAUGAUGACAUCCUUUUGAACGAACCCGACUAUGGCAGCACAGCUCAGCACCAAGUCCACUUUUCAGGAGAAACAACCAAGCAUGCACUCAAUCCAUAUUCGAUGACCGUCCGUGACUCUCACACUGUCACUGCCGCAUCCACGAACGCGACCAAACUCCCACUCAUUCCAUACUGCAAAACUAGUCAUGGUCCCUUGGCAGGCAUCGACGAACACAACACUAUCAAACACCCUCUCAAGUCUUCCAUCAGCAGCGUCGAUCUGUAUUCGAAGACCAGCCAUGAUACUUACACAAUCAUAAAGCUCCCUCUCAAUGCGACAUCCCUCUAUUACGUUCCGCAAGGACGAACACAACUCGAGCUCUGGACGCAGGAGUCGGAACAUCAUGAGGUUAUUGCUUACUCUGCAACAAGCUUCGUUCCGAAGGGCAAACCUUGGCUUUGA